GGUCACUCCUUGUGGUUCGGUUAAGUCUGCGUAGCGACUUCCCCGAAGCUUUGGCAUUGCUUGUGUCUUGCCAUCUUAUAUCCUAGCCUUUAUCUUGUCCGAUCCAGCCUGUGCUGUGCUGGGGAGAUAAAAAAAGGCUCUGCCAAUACUCUUGUUCUAUUCCUACGUUAGUGGGGGAAUAAGUGAGGCUUUUUGUUCGUGCACCUAUCAGGAAGUCGCGUCAACCUGCCACAGGGCUGUGUCCCCUUCAGUUACGCCAUAUUGUUGUUUGCUUAUUUUGUGGUGUUACCUUUUACCUGGUUGCGUUACAUCUACUCUUAGUAGUUUGAAUAACGGAGUAGUGACAUUAAGCUGACAAUAAAAGGGUAACAAAAAAGGAAAAAUACAACAAAGUAAAAUUGGGAAACAAAGCGCAUUGCGAAAACAAAACAAACAAGGACAGGGCAAAGUUAAAAAUUACUUCACUUUACACACUACUUUCAUUACCUUGCGCACUUGCUUAUAAUCUCUGAAAAUUAUUGUCUGAAAAUUACAAGGUGAUAGUAUCAGCUGGAAGGGAGGAUUAUUUAGCCAUAAUAAGAAAAAAAAGUGUGUAAACAUUCUUUUUGUAAUUAUUUGUCGUUCAAAAGAAAAUAGGCAGCGGAGAUCGAUUCUGACCUCGUAGCUUGAAACAUCUCUGCUCUUGUGAAUUGAAGACAAAAUUCUCGUACUGACACUUGGAGAUUACGCGUAUCAUUUUCGUUACGAGCCAUAACGUAUGAAAACUUAACACAAUUUGACACUUUUGUUGCUAAACACACUAAUAAACAACUACUCUUUCUACAAAUGUAGGUACGACAUUUUUCUUUCGUUUAUGUGUUACAAAGAGUGUGAGUAGACUUAACAACUUAGAAUAGUGGCUGGUUUAUAUGCUGACCACAGUUUGUAAUAUCUUGAAUACACCAUUGGUCUGUGGAUCCUUGGAGGUUGGGCAUGCAACCUUGCAUACCGUAAAAUCUCGGUUGUAAAGCCACUCAUCCGCUCUUUUUUCUGCUAGCUAAAGAAAAUACACCGGUUAUGACCCCCGCCCCCCUUGAUAAUUGCACCCCUCCAACCUUUCCUUAUUAUCUUAACUUAAAUACUAACCUCCUCAUAGAACAUCGUACUUCAAAUAGAGACGGCCAAUGGCUAAGUUUAAAUGCAAAGUACAAAUUAAAACAUUUUAUCAAUUUGGCUUUGUUUUAAAACACUACUUCUUAUCAGAGUCUUCAAGUCUUCUGGCAGCUUAUUUCAAAACGACUUUUCAGUAUCAAUUGUAACCUCGCCUUUCCUUCCCCCAUCCCCUCGGUAUAACUCCACUUCCCCUAUUUAUGUAUUUCUGUACUUCCACUCAAGACCUCUUAUGAAGUUGUAUAAGUCCUAUGUUAAGCCGAGAUACUAAAGGCUUUUAGAGUUCCAGGUUUAGAUCUGGUUACUUUAAGCAAAGAGUUAGUAAACAAAAGACAACAAUACAGCUGUUGUUGAACACAAUUCAGGUGCACAAUGGGUGCAUCGAAUGUCGGGUUCCCAAAAGCAAGGAGGUACUUGCUUGUGUGAUGGAUUGCUUGAGUAAUGGAUCAGAUUAUUAGAUAACACCAAACAUCUAGUACCUAUCGAUCUUUUUAAUCGGUCAUCGAUAGCUUAGCUUGGUUCUUCGAUUAGCAGAUUAUGGAAAGUUGAAUAACUUGCACACACCAUGGGAAAGCUUGUUGGAUUCGGUGUCAAAAGUAAAUUAAUUACCUGUAUUCUGGCGCCCCAAUGACAGGGUUAGAUCUGACUGCUUUUAGCGAAGAGUUAGUAAUCAAGUGACAACAAGACAGCUGUCGUGAAACACGAUUCAGGUGCACUAUGGGCCAGUGAUAGUGAGGUUCUCAAGGAGGUGCCUGAGAGUAAGAUUGAUUGCUGCUUCGGUGAUGGAUUGCUUGAGUAAUGGAUCAGGUUAUUAGGUAUCUACUGGUUUGUUUUCGGACAUCGAUAGCUAGGCUUUGGAUUAGGAGAUUUUGGAAAAUUAAGUAAUUUGCGCACACCAUGGACAUGCUCGUUGGAUUGAUUGCUAAAAGUAAAUUAAUCACCUGUAUUCUGACACCCCAGUGGCAAACAACUUGUGAAGUAGAUUUGACUGCCAAUGCAAGUUCCUCAAACUUUGAUUUGCGCUUGUUAAGUGGUCAUGAUCGGCCCUCUGUUUGGCGCGGCAAAGGGGAAUAAACCAAGCAAAAGUCUUCGCCUGCUGUUCAUUCCAGCCAAAAAUUUGCAUUUGUAAAAUGACCUAGUGUAGUAAGUCUUUUGGGACAUUCAAUAGACCGAUAUUAAUUAUAGUUUUAGAAAUAUUAAACAUGCAAAAUAGGUUCUAAAAUGAACCGUAGGCUGAUUGAUUUUGUCGCCUGUGCCAAAGAAAACCGCGCCAAUAUCACAAAAGCUUGCAUUCAAAGUAUCUUAGUUGACAUCGCCUCCUUAAAAGCCUUAAAUGUUUCUCUUAUUUGCAGUUACUAUCCAGUAGCGUGACAUUGCUUUGUUUAUUGCCGCUUGAGCAAACUAGCCUGUCUCUUCUUCCCUCUGUCUUCCGACAGUCGCCUUGAAGUUGUUCUUAACUGGAUGCGCGCGAAGCUGAAUGGCUAAUCUGUGGAGCGUCGCCAGAGAAUGGUUUCGUAAACAAAAUCCCCGACGAAAUAUUACUCCGCGUAAAAUCAGUACAGUCUUGGAAAUUCUACAGACUCAAGAAGAAGCAAAGGACCACGUCUAUUAUGACGCUUUAAGACGAAUUUCGGCUUCCAAGGAUGAAAAAACCGCAAAUGGUUGCGCUAAGUCCAGCUCGCUACAAAACAUCGCGGAAGAAGACAAAGUGUCGUCACCGCAUUCAAGUCGAAGGUCCAUUAUAAAAUACAUCGGGUCUGUUGGAGAACCCAUCAAGAAGGUUUUACGAUCUGAAAGACUUGUGUUUGACCCGGAGGAUGAUAUCUACUAUUUAUGGAUGGGUGUGGUUGCAGCUAUAGUCAUCUAUAACUUUUGGACUGUCAUUCUCCGAAUCGCUUUCACAGAAAUGUCAGAAGAGGUAAUUAGUGAUAACCAAUAUUAAGUUUUCCUCAAGUAUUUGCUACCCAACGUUUUCCUUAAAGGAGCUCAGUCACGGUAUUUUGAGUUAUUUUGGCCACGUACAGAAUUAUCUUUAAAUUGAGUAAACCGGAAAGUAAUAGUUUACUAAGAUAGAAAAACACCAAAGAGAUAAUAGUAAGCCAAAACGAAAGAAGGAUGCAUGAUUAAGGAUGGAGAAGAUUGACACGGAUUACAGACGACGAACUUGAAAAAUUUAGGCUAAACUUUUCAAGAUGCGCAAACCGUGAUGUAGUUACUGUAAGGUUUCCUCACGCCCUCAGUUAUGGUGUCAUUUGGUCAGUAGCCUUUUUCUAAAGCUCAUGAAAUCCAUAACCACAGUCUUAAAGAGCGAACAAUAGACGUCUUUCAUUCACGGAUGACGCAUCUUGAAAACCUUGACAUAACUUUUUCAAGUUCGUCGAUUACAAGCCGUCUCAGUCUUAGUCAUUCUUUUCCUUUUUGGUUCACUAUUA